UUAGUUGACAUUUCUGCGGUCUUCGAAUUGCCAGCGUUGCGUUGCUAAUGAGAAGAGAACUCAAAUUCAACCACUCUACCAACUGCGGCAACCGCAGUUAUCAGAACCGUUUCGCCCGUUCGUGACAAGUGGGCCGUUCUCGAUUUUCUAGGAAGUACAAUUGUGAUUUUCUUUCUGUUGCCUUCUUUGCUGAUAAACAAAACUAUAUUUUGGGACCUUUUUUUUGUUUCGCUCGGCCGAACAGCUGAUUUCAAAUCAGUGCACGCUUUUCAACACGUCAACACACCCGGCGGUGUUGUGAAACGCCCUUUUACCACUGCAGCCGAGUUCACGUCGUGGGUCUUUUCGCUUACAAUUCGUCAACAUGGCAAAUCGCGCAAAUCGUCAUGCUGCCCGCACCGAGGAUUCGGAUAACACCAUUAACUACGUACAAUGCGACGGAUUGGCCGUGAUGAAAAUGGUGAAGCACUGCCAUGAAGAGUCGAGCAACAUGGAUCUUGCCCAGGGCGCCCUGCUCGGUCUGGUGGUGGACAAGUGCCUGGAGAUCACCAACUGCUUCCCGUUCCCCAAAAGCGGAGAUGAGACCAUGGACGAGGAGCUGUACCAGCUGACCGUGAUGCGACGCCUGCGUCGCGUCAAUGUGGAUCAUCUCCAUGUGGGCUGGUACCAGAGCUCCGACGUGGGCAACAGCCUGUCACUGGCGCUGCUGGAAUCGCAGUACCACUACCAGACCAGCAUUGAGGAGUCUGUCGUUGUCGUCUACGAUACGCAGAAGUCAUCCCGGGGAUUCCUCUGCCUGAAGGCCUACCGCCUCACGCCGCAGGCCAUCCAGAUGUACAAGGAUGGCGACUUCACUCCAGAGGCAUUCCGCACCCUUAAGGUGGGCUACGAGAGCCUCUUCGCCGAGAUCCCCAUUGUGAUCAAGAACUCGCCGCUGACCAACAUUAUGAUGAGCGAGUUGAACGAGUUGCUGCCCGAGGACAAGGGACACAAUUUCCUGGACCUGGGCACCGCCACCGUAUUGGAGAACCAAAUGCGCAGCCUGAUCGAGCGCGUCGACGAGUUGUACCAGGAGGCAGUGCGCUAUAACAAGUACCAGCAGGUGGUCUUCAAGCAGGAUACGGAGAAGCACCGUGCGUUGGCUAAGCUGGCCGCCGAAAACGCCGUUCGCACUUCGAAGGGAGAACCCACAGUGCCAGAAGAGGAAGUGAUCAAACAGUUCCGUCCCAUGACGGCGCCCAAUCGCCUGACGGCCACCAUAACCUCAGGCCAGAUUAAUACCCACGCCCAGCACAUCGCCCAGUUCUGUUCGCAGUCGCUGGCCAAGCUCUUCAUCACCGAAUCGCUGCAAAAUGCCAAGGAAGCCAAGGAAACCAAAUAGACAAACUAAUGUUAAGCGUUUUUUAAGCUGAGGCAACAACAUUCAAUACCUACAAACAUAGCAACUGCACACACUGAUGUCGAAAAUAAACAAAAAGAGCAUUGAGUGUGCUUGGAAGCGAACUGCCA